AAAAUUUGUCGAAAAUUCAUGGCAAGUCGUUAGUCGUUUUCAACUCUUUGGAUAGAUAUGAAGGUUAUUUUCGUGAUAGCUGCUGUUGCUGUUUGUGGAGUUCUCUCCAUUCCACUCCAACAACCCGUCGUCACCGACUUCAUCAAACACGAAAGAUGGUCAGUAGCUAGAAAUGGAAAUGGACGAAUGCACUUAGUUGACUUGAAUCCAAUCGUAGCUGAACCUGAACCAGCAUUUGAUCCAAUUACUGACAUGUUCUUCCUCCUCUUUACAAGAUCUAAUCCAACAGUUGGACAAAGAAUUACAUUUGAUGUUCAAAGUAUUGAGAAUUCAAACUUUCGUAGAGGUGCUGAAACUAGAUUUUUAACACAUGGCUGGACUUCGUCUUCUGAAUCAGGAGAAAAUAUUUUUACAAGAGAUGAAUUUUUAGCCCGUGCUGAUUACAAUGUUAUUGUUGUCGACUGGAGCAUUGGUGCUAGUUCAAUCAACUACAUCACAUCACGUAACCGUGUUGGACCAGUCGGUCAAGUCGUUGCUCAACUUAUUGACUUCUUAGAUGAACAUGGCUUUGUAUCUCAUGCUCAAGUCCAUGCAAUUGGAAUAUCACUUGGUGCUCAUAUAUCAGGUCAUACUGGAAAGAAUACUCGUCGUGGCAGAAUCAACGCUAUUUUUGGAAAUGAUCCAUCAGGUCCUUUAUUCACCAUCAACAAUCCUGAUCGUCUUGAUUCAUCUGAUGCUGUUUAUACUGAAGCAAUUCAUUCAAAUGUUGGCGUUUUAGGUUUUGAUGAACCAAUUACGCAUGCUACAUUCUAUCCAAACUGGGGAGGACCUAAUCAACCCGGUUGUGGUACUGACAUCAGUGGAGCUUGUUCACAUGCUCGCUCAACAUUCUUGUAUGCUGAAUCUAUCAACAGUGAUCGCUUUAGAGCACGUCAAUGUACUGGUUAUGAUCAAAUUGUAGCUAGGAAUUGUCCUGGAACUGGAGUGGUCGUUAGUAUGGGUGGUGAUAGUGCUAGAGAUGUUCGAGGUGUAUUCUUUUUGGAAACAAAUGCUGAAGCACCCUUUGCAAUGGGUUAAAUAUGAAAUUUAAAUGUGAUUAAGUUUUGGAUACUUACAAUAAAUCUUUUUGACUUGCUUAUAA